AUGGUGUUCGAGUCUUUGGUCAGCGACCUUCUCAACAGGUUCAUCGGGGACUACGUGGAGAACUUGGACAAGUCGCAGCUCAAGAUUGGAAUCUGGGGAGGAAACGUCGUCUUGGAGAACCUGCGAGUGAAGGAAAAUGCGCUGAGUGAGUUUGACAUCCCGUUCAAGGUGAAGGCCGGACAGAUAGGCACGCUGACCUUGAAGAUCCCCUGGAAGAACCUGUACAACGACGCCGUCGUGGCCACGCUGGAUGGCCUCUACCUGCUGCUCGUGCCCGGCGCCACCAUCGAGUACGACGAGGCCAAGGAGGAGCGCUACCGGCAGGAGGCCAAGCAGCGGCAACUGCAACGUGUCGAGGAUGCGCUCCAGAUGGCGGCCAAGCGAGCGGCACCAAGUGGCGAGCUGCUCUUGGGUCUGGAAAGCCUUGUCUGUCAGGAGAUGUCCAACGUGCCAAAAGGAUGUCCAAAAGACAAAAAGCACAAAAAAGCUCUGCGGAGGUUGAAACGCAAUCACGCAGGCAAGUCGGAGAAAGCCAAGGAGGAGAGGAAGGACUCCUUCAUGGAGAAAGUGGCCACGCAAGUCAUCAAGAACCUGCAGGUGAAGAUCAGCGGCAUCCACCUGAGAUACGAGGACGACGUGUCCGACCCGCAGCGCCCCCUGUCGGUGGGAGUCACCCUGGCGGAACUCAGCCUACAGACGACCGACGACAACUGGAAGCUGUGCAUCCUCAACGAAGCGGCAAAGAUCACCUACAAGCUGGGCCGCCUGGAGUGUCUCUGCGCCUAUUGGAACGUAAAGAGUCAAAUGAUGUGCCGCCGAGGAUCGUGGCGAGACAUUGUGGAUGGGCUCAAGUGUGAAAUCGCCAGCAAGGACCGGGAGCCGCCUCACUACCACUACAUUUUCAAGCCCAUCUUCGCUUCGGCCCAAAUGCGCAUCAACCCCAAUGCCGAGCAGGAACUGGACUCCCCGAAAGCCCGAGUGCACCUGGAGGUCCAAAACAUCGACGUCCAGAUCACCAAAGCUCAGUACGUGACCAUGGUGGAGAUGCUGGAGUCCGUAGACCGCAUGGUGAGGAACGCCCCCUACAGGAAGUUCCGGCCCAACGUCCCGGUCGGCGCCGCCGCCGCCAUCUGGUGGCGCUACGCCUUCAGCAGCAUCCUAGAAGUUCACGUCCGCCGCUCGUGCCGCAUGUGGUCCUGGUCCAACAUGAGGCGGCACCGCCAGCACGUCAAGGCCUACAAGACGGCCUACAAGAGCAAAAUUCUGAGCCAGAACAAGCCGGGCCCCGACACCGAGAGCCGACUUCAGGACCUGGAGAAAGUUCUAGAUGUCUUCAAUAUCACCUUGGCUCGACAGCAGGCCCACAUGGAGGUGCUGCGCUCGGGACAGAAGCUCGCCGCCAAGAAGGCUCGGGGGGUCCAGAAGCAGGGCGGAUUCUUCAGCGGCUUCUUUGGCCGCAAGGCCCGGAAGGAGGAGUGCGAGUCGGACGAGGCUGAGGGCUCGGCUUUGGACGGCAUCAUGACGGCGGAGGAGAAGGAGAAGCUCUACGCCGCCAUCGGUUACAGCGCCAGCUCGCGUGACCCGGCCCUGCCCAAACAGUACGUCGCUGUGGAGCUCAGCUUUCGGCUCUUCCGGACCUCGGUGACAGUCAGAGAGCAACCCGGCGUUGCGGAAAUCCUCCAGGUCCAGAUGACUCAGCUCAGCACCAAAAUCUCCCAGAGACCCGGAGCCCAGGCCCUCAGGCUGGAGGCGUCUCUGCAGCAGUGGAGCGUGACGGGCCUGGACGCCGGCACCGGCGCGCCUUCCCUCAUCUCGUCGGCGGGCGACUCGGCGGCGGCGGCGCUGCUCCGCGUGGCCUUUGAGCUCAACCCCGACGACAGCCCGGCCGAUCACGUCGUCCGCGUCCACUCGCAGCCCGUGCAGAUCAUCUACGACGCCAUGACGGUGAACAGCUUGGUGGAGUUCUUCAGGAUGGCCAAAGGCAUGGACCUGCAGGUGCUGACCUCAGCGACGCUUUCCACCCUGGAGGAGCUGAAAGAAAAGACGGCAGCAGGUUUGUCUCACAUCAUCGAGACGCGCAAGGUGCUGGACCUAAAGAUGGACCUGCGUCCGUCCUACCUUCUGCUGCCCAAGUCCGGCUCCUACUCGGACACUUCCGAGCUCAUCGUGGUGGACUUUGGAAACCUCCAGUUCAACAGUGUUGACGAGGACGUGCGGUCGCCGUCCUUCUCGUCUCUGGAGGAGAUCAUGGACCGAGCGUAUGAGCGAUACAGCGUGCAACUGCGACGGGUGCAAGUCCUCUACAGCGAGUCGGGUAACGAGUGGAAGAAUUCUUCUGGCCAGCACAUCCUGCGGCCCCUGGACCUGACGCUUGGCCUGUCCAAGUGCAUGGUGGACAAGGACGCCCGGAUGCCCAGGUUGAAGCUUUCGGGCGAGCUGCCUCUAGUGCACAUCAAGAUGUCGGACGAAAAGAUGCGCAAGGUGGCCGAUCUGCUCGGCAGCAUCCCGCUGCCCCGCCCGUCCUCGGCGCCGUCCACGCCCGCAGACAAGGUGGCGCCGCCGACUAUGUCGUCAGCGGGAGCCCUCUCCCUCCAUCCCGCGCUCCUGAGCGUGGUCGAGACGGAUUCGGACGGCAGCGACAAGUCGCCGGAGGACGAGCCGGGCCGGCGCCGGGCCCCGGAGGAGCUGACCGACCUUCAGUUCAAGUUUGAAGUGAAAGAGGUGCUGCUGGAGCUGACGCGGCGGCAAGCCGAGCGGGAGGAGACGGUGCUGGCGCUGGCCGUUUGGCAGCUGGGGGCCCGGGGCGAGAUACGCACCUACGACAGCAGCGUCUCGUCCUACCUGAAGAGAAUGGCGCUGGACUACUGCGACACGGCAGACGACCGGCCUCUCCAUCUGAUCGGCUGCUCGGAGCAGCGCGACGGCGAGCUUCUCAAGGUGGACUUUAUCAAGGCGGAUCCCAGCGGGCCCGCCUUCCGGACGCUCUUUGACAACACGGAGCAAACGCUCAAGGUGGAGUUUUCCUCUCUGGACUUUCUUCUGGAUGCCCAAGCCUUGCUGUCCGCCACGGAGUUCCUGUCCAGCGCCAUGGCGUGGCGACGUCCUUCCGAACGUGGCGACGUCAGGAAGCCGGCGGACAAAGAUUGGGACAGAGCAGUGCGCAAAGGCGUCAAAGACACGGACGUGUUGAGCCUGAAGUUGUUGGCCACGCUGGGAUGUUUCCACGUGGAGCUGAGCGACGACCGCCGCAGCAUCGCCGACAUUCGAGUCAAAGGCAUGGACGCCUCGGUGCUGGUGCGGGCCCAACGGACGGAGGUGUCCGCUCGCCUCCGGGACAUGGUGGUGACCGACGUCGACCCCAAAUGCAUUCACAGAAAGGCCGUGUCCAUCAUGGGCCAGGAGGUGUUCAGCUUCAAGCUGCAUUUGUUUCCGGGGGCCACCGAGGGGGACGGCUACUCGGACACCUCCAAGGUGGACGGGAAGCUCACCCUGCGCCUCGGCUGCAUCAAGAUGCUCUACUUGCACAAAUUCCUCAUGUCGCUGCUGAUGUUUGGCGACAAGUUCCAUCCGGCCAAAGAAGCGGUGAGCGCGGCCACGGCUCAGGCGGCGGAAAAGGCGGCGUCCGGCGUGCGCCACUUGGCCCGCAAGAGUUUCCGCCUGUCCACGGACAUCAAGCUGAAGGCGCCGCUCAUCGUGGUGCCCCAGUCGUCCGUCUCCCGCAACGCCGUCCUGGUGGACCUCGGCCUCAUCACCGUGUCCAACAGCUUCAGCCUCGUCGUCUCCCAAGAAUCAGCGCUGCCCGCCGUGGUGGACAAGAUGGAGAUUCGGCUCACGCAGCUCAAGCUCUCCAGAACAACCCUGAGCGGGGACUCGUCUUGGACCCCGGACAUCGAGAUCCUGGAGCCUACCGACGUGGAGCUGGCCGUCACUCGAAACAUGGCCUCGGCCUGGUUCACCCAGAUCCCGGGCGUGCAUGUGCAAGGAGUCCUGCGCUCUCUGAAGGUGAGCGUAGGGGAGGAGGACCUGGCCAUGCUGAUGAAGGUUCUGCUGGAGAAUAUCGGCGAGGGUAGUCGAGAGCACGGCAAGGCGCGGGGCGGCAGCGGGGCUCCGGACAAGGUAGAGCUCGGUGAGCGGCCGGCGGCGACGAGGCAGGCGAGCGACGGUGAGCCAGAGACCGGCGCUGAUCCGGAGACCGGCGCUGAUCCGGAGACCGGCGCUGAUCCGGGGCCCGGCGCUAACGGGGGACCCGGCGACAACGUCGUCGACAUCCUACUGAACUUUGAAAUCAGACAGGUCCUGCUGAGCCUGAAGAAGAAGGUGGACGGCAAGGCGGGCGAGAUGGAAUGUCCCUUCCUGGUGUUCCGGCUGGCUCACUUGGGCACGGACGCCAAAGUGAGAAAGCACGACACCUGCGCCACCACGUACCUCAGCGAGAUGACGCUCACCUGUCUGGAGUUCCCAGACUCCGGCGGCCAUCCCCUGCGUCUGGUCAGCUCGUCGGCGGGGCCCGAAGCCGGGCUACUCAAAGUCCAGUACUUGAAGGCCGACCGCGACGGACCCAACUUCUCCAGCGUGUACAAGAACACGGAACGGAUGAUCAAGGUGACCUUCAGCUCCCUGGACCUCACGCUCCACACGCAAGCUCUCCUGUCGGCCGCCAACUUCCUGUCGGGCGUCACGACGUCUCCCGAGAGGACGGCCGGGCCCGAGACUGAAGAUGGCAAAAUGACAGGCGCCAAGUCCAGUAAGUCCUCCCGCCCUGCGGAUGGAUGGCCUUUGUGGCUGCUAGCAGCACGUUUGCCGCAUUUGCCGCCAGACCUCGCCGGCGCGUCACCCGAGCUGGCCCAGAUCAUCGGUCUGAAGGUGAUGCUGGCUUUGGGGGCCUUCAAUGUCCUGGUGUGCGACCAGAGCGGCGACAUCGCCCACAUCCAAAUCCAAGGUCUGGACGGCUCGCUGCUGGCGCAGGGACCUCAGACCCACGUGUCGGCACGCCUGAAGGACUUUGUGGUCCUCAACGUGGAUCCUGCCAGCGUCCACAAGAAGGCCGUCUCCAUCGUUGGGGGGGACGAGGUGUUCAGUUUCUCGCUGAGUCUGACUCCCAACGCCACGGAAGGCCCCGGCUACGCCGAUACGUCCAAAACGGACGGCCGGGUCAAGCUGAACGUGGGCUGCAUCCGGGUGGUCUACCUGCACAAGCUGGUGGUCGCCCUCCUGAACUUCAGCAAUAACUUCCAGACGGCCAAAGCGGCCGUGAGCGCGGCCACGGCUCAGGCGGCGGAGAGGGCGGCGUCCGGCGUCCGGGACCUGGCUCAGAAAAGCUUCCGUCUGUCGGCCGACAUCAGGCUGAAAGCGCCUCUGGUGGUGGUCCCCCAGUCGUCCGCCUCCUACCGGGCCCUGCUCAUGGACCUGGGUCUGAUCACCGUGUCCAACUCUUUUGCUCUCCUGCCCGUGGACGGAUGCCCUCUGCCGGCCGUCAUCGACAACGUGCACGUGGAGCUCACGCAGCUCAAACUGUCCAGGAACUGCUUGGACCCCAGCCCGGGCGGAGCCUCCUCCAGCGAGCUUCUCCGAGCAGUCAACCUGAAGCUGAGGGUCAGCAGGAACUUGGCCGCAUCCUGGUACGACCAGAUGGCCGCCGUGGAGGUGGACGGCGACCUCAAGCCCAUGAAGGUGGCGCUGAGCCAGGAAGAUCUGAAAAUGCUGCUGCAGAUCUUGACGGAGAACAUAGCGGAGGCCGACAGCCUGCGGCCGAGCGACCCGAGAGCGGGAACGGCUUUGCCGCUCGGGCAACCUGCGGGCCCUCAGACGGCAGGUGGGGCUGGCAACCGGGUUACCUUGGAUGAGGACCAGGAUCAAAGUGCGGAGUCCAUCAAGUUCAAUUUCAGUAUCGAGUCGCUCGGAUUGGUUUUGUACACGGAUCGACCCGCGCAGUCUUCGGACCAGGAGAACCUGCGUCUGGGCGAGUUGGCCCUGCACCUGCUCAAGGCCUCCGGGAAGGUCUGGAACAACGGCAGCAUGGAGUUCAGCACCAUCCUGACCAACUGCACUUUGGACGACCAGAGGACGGCCGUGCGCAGGGUCACCUCGCGGAUGGUGAGCCGUCAAGACUCGGAGAGCUCCGAGCCCAUGAUCGACGUGACUUACCGGCAGAGCGGCGAGCGCUCGCUGGUGGCCGUCCUGCAGAAACUCUACGUGUGCGCCAGCGUGGAGUUCCUGAUGGCCGUGGCCGACUUCUUCCUGCGGGCUCUGCCGCGGCGGCCCCCCCCGAAUGCCGCGCCGAGCGCCAGGCCGGCAGCCAGAGCGGCGGCGGGACAGAGGACCGAGGAGGCCAAGGCCGCGUCGGCGCCGAGGACCAGCGUGCGCGCGGUGGUAGUGGACCCGCAGGUGGUGUUCGUGGCCAGCCUGAUGAAGGCGGACGCCCCGUCCCUGGUGGUGUCCUUCCAGUGCGACCUGAGCCUGGAGUCGGAGAGCGGAACCCAGACGGCCAAGGCCCAUCUGCGGACCCUCAGGGUCCUGGCCUGCCCCCUCAUCCGCGACAAGGAGGACAAGACCGUUACCACGGUUUUGAGACCCUGCUCCCUUGUCGUGCAAGCCAAAAGAGGUCCCGGCCAACCACUGAGCGGAUCCGUCACGGUGGAGGAGGUCGUCGUCAAGAUUUCGCCCUUCAUCCUGAACACGGUCAGCACCAUAAUGGCGGCGGCGGCGGCCAUGCCACGGGACGGCGAGCGGACGGAAGAGCAGCGGGAGGACCUCAAAGACCUGUGGCUCACCAAGAAGGUCCACGCUUGCAACUACUGGUUCCUGGGCGUGGAGCAGGCCACCGAGGUCACCGAGAACUUUGGCGACCGGGAGGCCCUGAACGUGGGCCAGCGCUUUGCCGCCCAAGUCCAAGUGAUCCGGGUGACCCUGGAAUCGGGCCUGGGCCACCGAACCGUCCCGCUGUUGCUGGCCGAGUCCUCCUUCAGCGGCUGGGCCGAGAACUGGUCGUCGCUCUUGCAGCUCAAAGGCAAUAUGACUCUGGAGGUCAACUACUUUAACGAAGUCCACGCCGUGUGGGAGCCGCUGAUUGAGCGCCUGGACGGCGGCGCGCGCCGGUGGAGCCUCCAGCUAGAGAUGAAGACAAAUCCCGUCCAGGACAAAAGUCCGGUCCACGGAGACGAGUUUGUGAUCCUUCCGGAACCGUGCACGGCCGUCAACAUCUGCUCUGGCGACUCCCUGAACGUCACCCUGUCGCGCUGCGGCCUCAACGUCUUCAGCAACCUCGCCAAGGCCUUCAACGAGGGCGCGGCGUCCACCUUUGAGCCGUCCAUGAAGGAGAAAGCUCCGUUCGCCAUCUUCAACGCUCUGGGCAUCCCGCUCCUCGUGCAGCACAGCGCCAACUUGAGAUCGGUGGGCGAGGCGCGGCCCGGGAAACUGCACGAGCUGCCGGACCAGAGCAGCGUGGAGCUGGAACAUUCCGUCUCGGAAGCAAACUCAUCUCGGGGCAAACUGUCCGCUCUGCAGCGGCAGGAGAGCUGCUUGUUUCACCUCACCAUCGUGCCCUCGGGCUACAGCGAGAUCACCGACGUCCCCGUGGACAAGCCGGGCCGCCGCCUCUACAACAUCCGCGGGCCCGAGUUACAGCGGGCCGUGUCGCUGGUGGUCCAGAUCGACGCCGCCGACGGCAACAAGCUGGUGACGGUUCGCUCGCCCCUGCAGAUCCAGAACCACUUCUCGGUGCCGUUGGGCAUCCUCAAGUUCUGCCCGUCGACCCGCAGCCUGCAACCGGUGGGAGUGGCCCACCCUGACAAGGAAUUCCACAUCCCGUUGGACGCCUACAGGUGUGAGCUGUACGUGCGUCCGGCGUCGGGUCUGCCGUACGGCCCGUCGUCCACGUGCGUGUCCUGGAAGGAGGAAGUGCACCGCAGCUCGGAGGUGCGCUCGCUGCUGCAGUGCCCCCCGCUGGAGGCUGACGGCAGCGGGGCGCUUCCCCUGACGGUCAGCACGCUGGCUGCACCUGACUCCCUCAACCACAUCGGCAGCCGCGGCGAGGAUGACUGGGACCCGGCCUACGUGGUCCACCUGCACCCCGUGGCCACGCUCAGGAACCUGCUGCCCUACACGUUGCGCUACAUGAUGGAGAGCUGCGCCGACUCUCACGAGCUGACGGAGGGGAGCGCGUCGGACCUUCUGAACGCCCGCCUGUCCGGCGAGAUGGUCUCUCUGGUUCUGCUGCGCUACCUGGGCCGCGACUGGCACGGCCACCUGCGCCUGGACCGGAGCAUGCCCGAGUUCCUGGCCGUGCGCCUGACGUGCGACUCGGACGCCCGAGCCACCUUGGACCUGAGCGUCCGCGCCGCCCCGGCGCCGGGCCGCCUCCUGCUCUCCGUUUUCAGCCCCUUCUGGAUAAUCAACAAGACGCGCCGGGUCCUCCGCUACCAGGCGGAAGACAUCAGCGUCAAGCAUCCGGCCGACGUCCGAGACAUCGUCCUCUUCUCCUUCCGCAAGAAGAACCUGCUCGGCAAGAACAAGAUUCAGCUGUGCGUGUCCACCAGCUCCUGGUCGGACGGCUUCUCCCUGGACACGGUGGGGAGUAACGGCUGCGUGCGUUGCCCCGGCAACAACAAGACGGACUUCCUGGUGGGCGUGAGCAUCCGGAUGAGCAGCUUCAACCUGACCAAGAUGGUCACCAUGAGUCCCUUCUACACACUGGUCAACAGGUCCUCCUUUGAGCUGGAGGUCGGCGAAGUCGUCGGCGCCGCCACCAAGUGGCACUACGUCCCCUCCGCCGAGUGCCUCCCCCUGUGGCCCGAGAGCGCUUCGGGCAAGUUGUGCGUGCGGGCGGUGGGCUCGGAGCAGCCGUCCCGCUUUUUCUACUUUGACCGUCAGGACAACGGCACCCUGCUCGCCGUGGACACGUGCGGCGGCAUCACGGUGGACGUCAACGUGUCGGACCACUCGGCCGUCGUCGGCUUGGGCGACUACUACGAGGGGGCCGCCCCCGCCCUCCUGCUCAACCACACGCCCAGGGUGGACAUCAGCUACAAGCAGAGCGGGUGUUGCCACGUCCACCAGCUGAAGCCCGGCGAGGCGCGACGCUUCACCUGGGACGAGCCGACCGGCAUUCGAAGGCUCGGCUGGAGCUGCGCCCGACAUUCCGGAGAGACCGACCUUCUCCAGGACGACGUGGGUCAGUUCUCGUACGACGGCGUGUCCGAGGUUCACUGGGUGUCCUUCCUGGACGGCCGUCAGCGCGUCCUGAUCUUCACCGAAGACGUGGCCGUGGUGACCAAAGCGCGGCAGGCCGAAGAGCUGGAGCAGUUCCAGCAGGAAGUCCACGUCUCGCUGCAGAACCUGGGACUUUCCCUGGUGGACAACGCCAGCCGCCAGGAAGUGGCCUACCUUGGCAUUCCCAGUUCUGGCGUGGUGUGGGAGAUCAAGCGGAAGAAUCGUUGGAAGCCGCUGAGUCAGAAGCACAUCGACCUGUUGGAGAAGACCUACCAGAGCGUGCAGAGCGGCCAGUUGCCGGCCGGUUGGACUCAAGUGGACGCCAACCUGGAGGUGAACCUCAGCGCCGCCAUCAUGGCCAUGCGGCAGCCCUUUUCCUGCCCGCUGCGGAGGAACUUCCUAUCGGGCAUCCAGGUGGAGUUGAAACGAUCUCAGCACCAGCGGAGCCUCCGGGCGCAACUGCACUGGCUGCAGGUGGACAACCAGCUUCCGGGCGCCAUCUUCCCCAUUGCGUUCCACCCGGUUCCUCCUCCCAAGUCCAUUGCUCUGGACUCAGAACCCAAGCCCUUCGUUGACGUGUCCGUCAUCACACGCUUCAACCAGCGCAGCAACGUCACGCAGUUCAAAUACUUCAUGGCAUUGGUCCAGGAAAUGGCAGUGAAGAUCGAUCAAGGCUUCCUGUCGGCCAUCGUGGCCCUGUUCGGCCCCGCGAGUGAGCCCCGAGCCCGAGGACAGAAGAGUCAUCUGAUCCGGCCAGAUGUGGAGAUGCUGGAGGCUGAACUGAUGGAAAGUUCUCUGAGUGACCCGUCAGGGCUCAACUUCUUUGAGCACUUCCACAUCUCGCCCAUCAAGCUGCACCUGAGUUUGUCGCUGGGCUCCAGCGGCGGCGAGGCCUCGGGCCAGGCUGCCGCCGCCACGGAGUCGCUCAACCUGCUCCUGACGAGCAUCGGAGCCACACUGACCGACGUGGACGACCUCAUCUUCAAGCUGGCCUACUUUGAGGUCAAGUACCGCUUUUACCGCAGGGACAAGCUGAUGCGGGCGGUGGCGCGACACUACAGCCAGCAGUUCUUGGCGCAGAUGUAUGUCUUGGUUCUCGGUCUGGACGUGCUGGGAAACCCGUUUGGACUCAUCCGAGGUCUGUCCGAGGGGGUGGAAGCCUUCUUUUACGAGCCUUUUCAGGGGGCGGUCCAGGGCCCGGAGGAGUUUGCCGAAGGUUUUGCCAUCGGAGUGCGGAGCCUCUUGGGUCAUGCCGUGGGUGGAGCCGCAGGCGCGGUGUCCAGGAUCACCGGCUCGGUGGGCAAAGGCCUGGCGGCCAUUACCAUGGACAAAGAGUACCAACAGAAACGCAGGGAGGAGAUGAACAGAACCCCCAGAGACUUUGGGGAGAGCUUGGCCAAAGGCGGCAAAGGACUUCUCAAGGGUGUCGUCAGCGGAGUCACCGGCAUCGUCACCAAACCGGUGGAGGGGGCCAAGAAGGAGGGCGCGGCGGGUUUCUUCAAAGGCAUUGGCAAAGGCCUUGUGGGCGUGGUGGCCCGGCCCACCGGCGGCAUCGUGGACAUGGCCAGCAGCACCUUCCAGGGCAUCCAGAGGGCAGCAGAGUCCACGGACGACGUCGUCAAACUUCGUCCGGUUCGCCUGAUCCGAGAGGACGGAAUCGUUCGGCCCUACGACCUCACGGAAUCGCAAGGCUUUGACCUCUUUCAGCGUUCCGAGCUCAAGCUGGAGGGCGAAGUCUUCCGAGAUGGCUGUCCCGUUCCCGGACGCAGGAAGACCGACAUCGUCAUCACCAGCAGGAGGGUGCUGUGCGUCAAGGAGAUGGACUUUGUGGGCCACUUCAACAAAGACUGGGAGUGUUUCUUUGAAAACUUCUCCUCAGCUCCUACCGUCAGCGGAACACGAGUCAACAUCUACUGCAAGGAGCAGCGCAAGUUGAAACUUUCCAACAAAGACGCUCACGAGUCGACUCGCAGCAUCGAACUGAGAGAUGAAAAGGCAGCCCAGAGGAUGCUGGCGUCCAUCUUGGACGCUCAAGCGGCUCACCGGCAGCGUCGCAUGAGCCGACAAAAGUCGCAACGCUUCGUCACGACCGGCGAAGCGUGACGGAGGCGGGACUUCCCUGUCGCACAUUAGACGUGACCAAAGUCCCAGGUGUUUUUUUCUUUUUUGUCCUCAAGUUCAAGAUGAUUUUUGGUGGAUGAAUGGUAAAGAAAACACAAUGUCAACAAACAUAAGCCAAAAAGUGUGAGUGUCUAUAUCCACUUGUAUUUAGGGGCUAUUUUUGUAUGUUCUAUUCUGGAGGCUUCUGACCAAUGUUGCCAAGGUCUGAAAGACACUUGACUACGUAUAUUUGGAAAGAAUCUGUUGAUUGUGUCAUGAUAGCUUGAAGUAAGUGCAUUGUCAUUCAUUUCAGGCCAAAUGAUUGUUUCUUUGUUUGUCAAUAAAAGACGAGGCAAGCCAAAA